GAGGAAGAAGAGAAAAAGAAGAAAUAUUAUUGAAAAAAAUUCUUCGUUUUCUUGACUGGGCUUCCCCCACACCCCUAAAAAUAACAUUGGAAAAUUGGGAGAAGUUUCCUUGGUUUGGAAAAAAAAAAAAGGACUCUACAACCUAGCUCACUUUCUUAUCCGGACUGGGAUAUUAAAUAUACGACACAUCCAGGAGUUUAUUGGAGCGCAGACUGAUGGCGCAAAGGUACGAUGAGCUGCCCCAUUACGGCGGGAUGGACGGAGUAGGGGUUCCCGCUUCCAUGUACGGAGACCCUCACGCGCCGCGGCCGAUUCCCCCGGUUCACCACCUAAACCACGGGCCGCCACUCCACGCCACGCAGCACUACGGCGCGCACGCCCCGCACCCCAAUGUCAUGCCAGCCAGCAUGGGAUCUGCUGUCAACGACGCCUUGAAGAGAGACAAGGACGCGAUCUAUGGGCACCCGCUGUUUCCUCUGUUAGCGCUGGUCUUUGAGAAGUGUGAGCUGGCGACCUGCACUCCCCGGGAACCCGGAGUGGCUGGCGGAGACGUCUGUUCCUCUGACUCCUUCAACGAGGACAUCGCGGUCUUCGCCAAGCAGGUUCGCGCCGAAAAGCCCCUUUUUUCCUCAAACCCAGAGUUGGAUAAUUUGAUGAUACAAGCAAUACAAGUUCUAAGGUUUCACCUGCUGGAGUUAGAAAAGGUCCACGAACUGUGUGAUAACUUCUGCCACCGGUACAUUAGCUGUUUGAAGGGGAAAAUGCCCAUUGACCUCGUGAUUGACGAGAGAGAUGGAAGCUCCAAGUCAGAUCAUGAAGAACUUUCAGGCUCCUCCACAAAUCUCGCCGACCACAACCCUUCAUCCUGGCGAGACCAUGAUGAUGCAACCUCAACUCACUCAGCGGGCACCCCGGGACCCUCCAGUGGGGGCCAUGCUUCCCAGAGUGGAGACAACAGCAGUGAGCAAGGCGAUGGGUUAGACAACAGUGUAGCUUCACCUGGCACAGGUGACGACGACGAUCCAGACAAGGACAAAAAACGCCAGAAGAAAAGAGGCAUAUUCCCCAAAGUCGCGACAAACAUCAUGAGAGCAUGGCUCUUCCAGCAUCUCACACACCCGUACCCUUCCGAAGAGCAGAAGAAACAGUUAGCGCAAGACACAGGACUGACAAUUCUGCAAGUAAACAAUUGGUUUAUUAAUGCCAGGAGAAGAAUUGUACAGCCCAUGAUUGACCAGUCAAAUCGAGCAGGUUUUCUUCUUGAUCCUUCAGUGAGCCAAGGAGCAGCGUAUAGUCCAGAGGGUCAGCCUAUGGGGAGCUUUGUAUUGGAUGGCCAGCAACACAUGGGCAUCCGGCCUGCAGGUUUGCAGAGCAUGCCGGGGGACUAUGUUUCUCAGGGUGGCCCAAUGGGAAUGAGUAUGGCACAGCCAAGUUACACUCCUCCCCAGAUGACCCCACACCCUACUCAGUUAAGACACGGACCCCCAAUGCAUUCGUAUUUGCCAAGCCAUCCCCACCAUCCAGCCAUGAUGAUGCACGGAGGACCCCCCACCCACCCUGGAAUGACUAUGUCAGCACAGAGCCCCACAAUGUUAAAUUCUGUAGAUCCCAAUGUUGGCGGACAGGUUAUGGACAUUCAUGCCCAAUAGUAUAAGGGAACUCAAGGAAAAAAGGAAACACACGCAAAAACUAUUUUAAGACUCUCUGAACUUUGACCAGAUGUGACAAUUAAUAUGAAACUCCAGACAGCUGUGAUUAUUUUUUACUUUUGUCAUUUUUCAUCAAGCAACAGAGGACCAAUGGGACAAGAACACAAAUGUGAAAUGAUGGGCUCACUGAGACAACUUUGUCCAUGCAAAGAUCCUCUGGAGAAAGACUCCAAGAGUUAUAACUACUGUAGCAUAAACAUAGGGACUAAGUUAAACUUGUACAUUUCUGUUGAUCACUCCGUUAUGUUGCCUCAAAUAGUUUUAGAAGAGAAAAAAAAAUAUAUCCUUGUUUUCCACACUAUGUGUGUUGUUCCCAAAAGAAUGACUGUCUUGGUUCAUCAGUGAAUUCACUAUCCAGAAGAGACUGUGGUAUAUUUUAAGCCUGUUGGGCCAAUGAGAAAAGAACCACGCUGGGGACCGCGAUGGACACUUGGCUGAACCUCAUCACUCCAACUCCAGCGGCUAGAAUGUGUUUUCAUGCCCAGCCUUUGUUCCCCAUCAAUGUGUCCUUUAGUUUCAAACAGAUCUUUAUAGUUUGUGCUUCAUAAGCCAAUUCUUAUUAUGAUUUUGGGGGACUGUUCUUCAAAGAGCUUGCCAAUGAAGAUUUAGAGACAGAGCGAAGGCUACUUCAAGUUCUGAGCCUUGGCUGUGGACAAAAUAAUCUUAAUUUGGGCAGCUUUUCUCAACACACACACACACACACACACACACACACACACACACACACAGAGUUAUUCAUGGUCACCGCACCAUAAGUAGGAUUCUAUCAGGAACUCAAAGCUUUGGGGAUAAAAAGGAGCAAGAGAAUACUGUAACAAACUUCGUACAGAGUUCGGUCUUUUAAUUGUUUCAUGUUAGAUAUUCUAUGUGUUUACCUCAAUUGAAAAAAAAAAAAAAGAAUGUUUUUGCUAGUAUCAGAUCUGCUGUGGAAUUGGUAUUGUAUGUCCAUGGGAUCCUCUUUUCUCAGCACGUGUUCCUCACUAGAAGAAAAUGCUGUUACCUUUAAGCUUUGUCAAAUUUACAUUAAAAUACUUGUAUGAGGACUGUGACGUUAUGUUAAAAAAAAAAGGUGUUAAGUCACAAAAUGCGGUAAUAAAUAUUUCAUUUUUGAUUUUUUGUUAGGCUUUGGUUGCUUUUUUAAUGGUUUGAAGGUUGUAGGAUGCCAGCUACUGUGCACUGACGAAAGUAGGUGAUGGUUUCCCAUCCCUGACUCUAAGGAAGUUGAGCAUAUUUAAGAUGUAAUUUACCAACACUUCUAAAAAUUAUCAUCUGUAGCUUUUCAUUAUGUGUUUGGACUCUUAGGUUUCAUCAGCAGAAAACUUCCAAAGGUAUGAAAUUGUGUGCAUUAUAACCAGCUUGAAAAAGUACAUUCAGAAUGCCCUUAUAUAUAGCUGCAUGAUGUUUUUAAAAGUAAUUUCAGAUAAAGCUUUUGCCUAUGCACCCACCACUAGAAUAAAGGGUUUACUCUGAGUUAAUUUUAUAUUGUAAGAAAUAAUGUGUGCUCAAACAUGAUUUAUCUGUGUUUCUUUCAUGUUACUCAAAUAGUAUUGACUACGUAAAAUAAGGCUU